UACGCGCCGUCGGGGCUGGGUUGUGGCUGUGAGUCCUGGAGAUUGUGUGUCGUCUGCUGUGUUGGUGGGGCAAGGUAAACCUCUCCUGGGCACCACUGUUUGCUGGUCUGGCAGCCAGGGGUGCGGGUAGGGCCCUCCCAGGGCUGUGGGGACAGAGAGCCAGAUGGAGGGGUGUCCAGUGUUAUGGGGCGAAAAUACAAGAUCUGGCCCCAUGACUUUGGGUGGCAAGUCCGCAUUCAAAGCAAGACACAAUAUGUGCCGGGUUUGUUGAGUUUGUUAGAUGUGGGAUUUUGUGUAUAUUUUAUAGCAGCAUGUAUUUUCUUGCACGUAUGUAUCUUGGGCUGCACAUAUGAACUAUUUAUUAACUGGUUUUAUGCAUAGCUGAUAUGGAAUAUGUGUUGUGGAGGGCACCCGAGUGUAUGUGCCCAUCUGGAUGGGGAUGGUUGUGUAUCUUUGAUUCAAAAGGUGUCUCUGUUAGGGUCCCGUUUCUGUGACCCCGCUCUGAGGUGUGGUCCAGUCUCCGCGAGAAUGGUGCUUGGAGGGGUGUAUAUGUCUGUGUGAUAAGCAAGUUGCAUGGGGGUUGCAUGUCUAGAACUCAGGUCCGAGGAUCAUGUAGGAAGUGGAAGGCCCAGGGUGUGUCUCAGGGUCAGCUGGCACUGGUAAGAGGGGCUCUAUGCGGAAUGUACAGGUUGUGUUUAUGGGAUCGUGGGCAGCUGAGCGAGGGGAAGGUUAUGUGUUUGCAACAUUCUCCACAGAUUCUUUGGUGACGUUGUUUGCAGGAGCCUGUCUGUGCUGUUGGGCUGGGAGGCGAGCUGGUCAGAAAACACUUGUGGGGAGGGUGGUGGCGUGACAAGGGCAGUGUGGGCCUCAGACUCCAGAGAUCAGCCACAAGCUGUAUGCGUGCCUGCCUUCUGUGUGUGUAAGUGGUGGCGUGGGGCUGCUGUGGGGAUAUGUUGCCGAAGAAGGCAGGAGAUAAAUAUGGGGCAGAACAAGGGCAGCAGGAGGAGGCCUGGCUGUUGUCGGGGUGGCCCGACCAGUCUUUGCGCAGGGUCUGUGUGCUUGCCCCUCACUAGCCCUCCCAGCGAGUCAGGGUCACUGGGAGGAGAGGCCUGGCGACUGCAAGGAAACUAAGCUUGGACAGAGUGGCUCCUUGGCCAUGUUUACGUAAAGGUCGGGCGUGACUCUUGUCACUGAAAUGGAAAAAAGAAACACGAAGUUUUCAGUCUCCUCCUCCUGUUUCACCCCCUCUCUGCCCCCCUUGUGGGUAUCUCUGCUUUUCCGUGUCUUCUGUGACGCAUACUGGGCUGCUUUUGUGACUGUGGAAGGGUCUGGGAACGGGAGCGGAAUUCGCUCACUAGGCAGAUUCCUCAAAACAGGUUUUCCUCACCUUUGGGGCCUCAGCUAUUCUGUUGGGUGCUGCGUGCGUGUGUAGGUAUAAGGGUAAACCACAUAGGUGCUCCAUGUUUGUGCAUAGCUGCAUACUAGGCCUGUCUUGGCUGAAUGGGUGGACAUGCUCAGGGGUGGGGAGGGAACUGUAGCCUUGGGCCCUUUCUUGGGGGACUGGAGGGUUGCUGGUUGCUGUGUGAGGCCUGCACAACAGGUGCACAAAGGCCUGGUGGAAGAGAAGGAGGCCUAGACUAGAACUUUGGAGUUCGGGCCCAGUGACUUCUAUACUGGCACUUUCCCUAAGGGAGCCUUAGUCCUUCAUCUGUAAAAUGGAGCUAAAUACCUGCUUUGCCUAUCUCCUGAUAGGGCUGUAAGAGAGCCAACAUGGGCCUGUUGAGAUUGGAGAACACGGUGCGUGCUUGAAGAGAGACUAACACAAAACAAAUUUAGAGGAGAAGAUUGAGCUAGACCAGAGAGCCCUUGAAUGUCUCUAGGAAGAAUCUGAACUUUCCCUGGAGUGACUGGGGACUAGUAAAAUGUUCUGAACCCAGGAGUGAUCCCACCUGAACUGCAUUGGGGAAACUGGCCCUCAACGAGAGGAAAGCUAGAGGGAAAAGAAGGAAGAGACCAGGCAGCAGGGACUUGCUGAGCCACCCCCACUCCGCUCCAUGUUGGCUGUGCUCUCAGGCUGGCGCCAUGCCCCCUCCUGCAGAGGUGACGGACCCGUCCCAUGCCCCUGCUGUCCUGCGCCAGCUCAAUGAGCAGCGACUCCGUGGCCUCUUCUGUGACGUCACCCUCAUAGCUGGAGACACCAAGUUCCCUGCUCAUCGCAGCGUCCUGGCUGCUUCUAGUCCUUUCUUCAGAGAGGCCCUGCUGGCUUCAGCUCCACUUCCCCUCCCUCCAGUUACCGGGGGGUUAACCUCCAACCCUGCUACUACUACCGCUGCCUCCUCCUCUUCCUCUACUUCCUCUUCCUCCUCUCCCCCUCCAGCCUCACCCCCCACUUCAUCCCCACCUCGGGUCCUGGAGCUGCCAGGGGUCCCAGCAGCUGCCUUCUCUGAUGUCCUUAAUUUCAUCUACAGUGCCCGGCUUGCACUUCCUGGUGGUGGGGGAGAUGGGGCGGCGGUAGCAGAGAUCGGAGCUCUGGGGCGGCGUCUGGGCAUCUCCCGCCUGCAGGGCCUGGGGGAGGGAGGUGAUGCCUGGGCUCCUCCCGGCCCAGCCCCCAUGGCCACUUCGCAGUCUGAAGAGGGCAGCUUCGGGCCUGGGCCAAGGCCCGUUGGAGAAUGGGAGGGGGACAGGGCUGAGGCCCAGGCCCCUGAUUCACAGCCCGCCCUGGCCCGGCGGUCCCUCCCCUGCCCUCGAUGUGGGAAAAGCUUCAUUCAUCCCAAGCGACUGCAGACCCAUGAGGCUCAGUGCCGACGGGGGGCUGGCAGUCGGGGGCCUACAGGGCUGGGAGCUGGGGGUUCUGUUCCCAGUGGUCCUGCAGGAGUGGAUGCCUCAGCCCUGCCACCACCAGUGGGCUUCCGUGGUGGCCCUGAGCAUGUGGUGAAGGUGGUGGGCGGCCAUGUGCUAUAUGUGUGUGCGGCCUGUGAGCGUUCCUACGUGACCCUGUCCAGCCUGAAGCGGCACAGCAAUGUACACUCAUGGCGGAGGAAGUACCCCUGCCGCUACUGUGAGAAGGUGUUUGCCCUGGCCGAGUAUCGCACCAAGCACGAGGUGUGGCACACCGGGGAGCGCAGGUACCAGUGCAUCUUCUGCUGGGAGACCUUUGUCACUUACUAUAACCUGAAGACCCACCAGCGAGCCUUCCAUGGCAUUAGCCCGGGCCUGCUAGCCAGUGAGAAGACACCCAACGGAGGCUACAAGCCCAAGCUCAAUACCCUCAAGCUGUACCGCCUGCUCCCCAUGCGAGCAGCCAAAAGGCCCUACAAGACCUACAGCCAAGGAGCACCUGAGGCCCCUCUUUCGCCAAGCCUCACCACGCCGGCCCCUGCAGCAAUGCCGACCAGCCCACCACCAGGACCCCCACCUGCCCCAGAGCCUGGCCCCCCACCCUCCGUCAUCACUUUUGCCCACCCAGCUCCCUCUGUUAUUGUUCAUGGUGGCAGCAGCAGUGGUGGAGCAGGGGGUGGGCCAGCCAGCACAGGAGGGGCCCAAGCCGCCUCAGUCAUCACUUAUACUGCUCCCCCAAGGCCCCCCAAAAAACGUGAGUACCCCCCUCCUCCCCCUGCGCCUGCAGCUACACCAGCCAGCCCUGCCACAAUGGACAGCCCAGCAACGGCUGCAGGGCCUGCUACAGCCACAGAGGAGGCCAAAGGCCGGAACCCCCGGGCUGGAAGGACUCUGACUUACACCGCCAAGCCAGUUGGUGGUAUUGGGGGGAAUGGGGGCCCCCCUGCAGGGCCUGGCCGGGGCCCCUCUCAGCUGCAGGCUCCACCUCCACUGUGUCAGAUCACUGUGCGAAUUGGCGAGGAGGCCAUUGUCAAGCGCCGCAUCUCAGAAACUGACCUACGUCCUGGGGAGCUAAGUGGAGAGGAGGUGGAAGAGAGCGAGGAGGAGGAUGAAGAAGAGGAGGAGGAGGAGGACGAAGAAGAGGAGGAGUCAAAGGCUGGUGGGGAGGAUCAGCUCUGGAGGCCCUACUACUCAUACAAGCCCAAGCGCAAGGUUGGCGCUGCCGGCACUGGCAGCAGCGGGGGCGGCGGGGUGCCCAGGAGCCGCCGGCCUCAACGCUGGAAACAGAAGCUGGAACGGAGGAGCUGGGAGGAGACCCCAGCUGCUGACGGCCCGGCAGGUCGUACCCGUGGGGAGCGGAGGCACCGCUGCGGAGACUGUGCCCAGGCAUUCACCACCCUAAGGAAGCUGCGAAAGCACCAGGAGGCCCACAGCGGGGGCUCCCACAGCUCCCGGGCUGGACGAAGGCCUUCCACCCGCUUCGCCUGCCCUCACUGCGCCAAAGUGUGCAAGACGGCAGCUGCCCUGAGCCGCCAUGGGCAGAGGCACGCUGCCGAGCGGCCUGGGGGCACCCCCACACCUGUCAUUGCCUAUUCUAAAGGCAGCUCUGGCACCAGACCUGGGGAUGUCAAGGAGGAAGCCCCCCAAGAGAUGCAAGUCUCUUCAUCCAGCGGGGAGGCAGGUGGCGGGAGCGCUGCUGCCGAGGAAGCUUCUGAGACAGCCUCACUCCAGGACCCUGUCAUCUCUGGGGGUGAGGAGCCCCCAGUGGUAGCAGGAGGGGGCACCUACGCAUACCCGCCUGUACAGGAAUUUCCACUGGCCCUGAUUGGGGGCAGCCGGGAACCUGGCAGUGGCAGGGGGAAACCUGGGAAUGAGGGGCCAGUGGGGGCUGGGGAUGGGGACCGGAUGGAAGGGAUGGGGGCUGCCAAAGUCACCUUCUAUCCGGAGCCCUACCCACUAGUCUAUGGCCCGCAGCUUCUCGCCGCCUAUCCUUACAACUUCAGCAACCUGGCCGCUCUCCCUGUUGCUCUAAACAUGGUCCUACCCGAUGAGAAGGGUGGGGGAACCCUUCCCUUCCUACCAGGGGUCUUUGGCUACGCAGUCAAUCCUCAAGCAGCACCCCCAAACCCCCCAACUCCACCCCCCGCAACUCUUCCUCCACCAGUACCCCCGAAGGGAGAAGGGGAAAGGGCAGGGGUUGAGAGAACCCAGAAGGGAGAUGUGGGGUGAACUCUGGGCCCAGAUUCCCCCUUUCACCAGAUGCCACCCUCCCUGAACCCCCCCGCCACUACUAGCUCCCUGGCUUCCCUGCCCCUUGGGAGCCCCUCCACACUUUGUGCAGGGGCUCGGGGGCCCCUGGAGCUCAGGGGUCAGGCUGCUUUGUGUGAGAUUGUAGUUUUCCCAUCUCCUGGGAAGGGAUCGUAGGUGAUUCCCCUCUCAGUUCUCCUCCAGGGAAUGGCCUCUGUGAGGGGCAGGGCCAGCUCCCAUCCCUUCUCUAGCCCUCGGGGCAACUGAGCAAUAUACAUAUACGAAUCUCUACUCAUGGCCCCCACCAGCUCUGAAUGUCUAACCUGCCCCCCUGAUUCGUAAACCUAGGGGGAAACCAUCUCUCUCACCUAAUGACAACCCUCGUACUGAAGCUUUCUCUAAGCUUUUCCCCAGAUGCUUCCUAGCACAUUCCAUUCUUUGUGGCCCAGGGCCUGGACCAGACCAUUGUGAUACCUGAUGCCCAUUCGAUCUGGAGGAGUGGCCUCAGACUCCAUUCUUCCCAAGGGUGGGUUUCUGUGUCCCUGUUUGCUUCAUGUUAAGAUGCUAUGCCUUCCUUGACUUCCAUGCCUUUGGAUCUUCCAUAUUCCUCCUCAUACUCCCAGAUUCUGGAGAUGGCUUCUCCCAGUCCAGGUCAAGGAGGUAUUGGGGGGAGGGCUAUGCGUCUGUUUCAUGGUUGAGCACUUUCCCAAUCCAGGGCAGCACCAAUCUUGGCCCUAUCUUGACUCCCAAAUCCAGUGAGCCCCAGAUUCUUCCACGGCAAGAGGUGAGCAGAUCAUACCUCUUCCUGCCUCUACGUAUGGCCUCUUCUGGGCUAAACCAGAUUUGGGGGCCAGGAGGGAGGAGCUCCAUAUGGGAUGGAGAAGGGAAUCUACUUUCUCCCAGUUUUUUUCCUGAUGGUUUCUCCCAGACUAGACCAAAAAGCCAGAAAAAUGAUGGGGGAUGGAUGGGUGGGUAAGCCCAAGAUUUGCACAUGACCUCCCAUCCUUACCUUUAACCCCAUCUUCCCCAGUACUGCUCCCCUUACCAAUCACUCCAGAUGGUUUUAGAGAACCAUCCUACUCCCUUGGUGGGCUUUGGGGUAUCCCCACCAACUUUCCCUCCAAAAUAGCACCUUACACCCCAUCUUUGACUCAGUUCCCCACACCCAAAGAUCCCAGCCUAGGGAUGGGGUGCAGGGACCUUAAAUAGUCCCUAAUCCCUAAUUUGCACUAGUUAACCCUGGUCAGGGGUCCAUACUAUGUUUCCUUCCAGUGGGGGAGAUAAUGAAAUGUUUGCUCCUAAUUCUCUUUGAUAACUGGGCCUCCUCACUCUGUGAUUGGAUGAACAUUUCCCAUCCCACCCACCUCCCCCACUCAACAAACAAACAAACAAAAAACAGCUCACUAGGGGAGAGCCAGUUUGGGGCAGCAAAUUUAAUAAAUGGGAAUUAGAGGAGUACAGUUUUAAAAGGGGAAGAGUUGCUGUCCUCAAAUGGCAGCCUUUUCCCCAGCUACUGUUUUCUGGGGCCAAGAUGGCUGUCCUCUUCACAGAUGCCAAGAGGACAAGAUCAUGGCUUUUGGAGGGAGGUGAGUUUGGGGGGAGGGACAGGAGCAUCCUCCUGUCUUACCCUGCCAGCAUAUAGGAAGGGGGAGGUUUCUGACAGACUCCCUGAAUGUUAACCACGGAGGAGUGUUGUCCUUCACUCCUCCUCUGUCUCUUUGCACUUUUCUUGGUCUUGGCCACAGUCCGAGUGAAGAGUUUCCUACUGAAUGUACCAAGUUCCAAUUUUUAAGGGGGAAAAAGUUUAAAAUGGGGAAAAUGCAAAAAAAGAUCACUAAAAAAUUCCCACAAAUCUUGUUUCUGGCACUUUAGAAAAACUGCGAAAAAAUACAUAAUAAAGAAUACAUAUAUAUAUCUACACACAAAUUAUAUAUAUAUAUACACAGCGGAACCACAAGAGAGACCUAGGGCAGGGGGCAGAUGUGAUGACAGGCCGCUUACAUCCUUACCCUGCAUCGUCUGAGGCAACAUGGCACAGAAGAUGGAAGGGGUUGAGGAUGGAGUGGGAAAUUUGAAUUUCAGAACAGGUAAAAAUUCCAAAACCAUGGACAUUUUGGGAGAACUGAGAUAGUAGACAUUUAUUUUUUUUGAAAAUAUGAUUUAGGAAAAUAGUUUCUGGAAUUUGGUGGUUCUGGGCAACAAAUGAGAUUGUGGCAAAAUGGAGAUUAAAAUAUAUGUAUUUGAACUGGGGGACUUGAAUAUUGUGGAUUUCACAUGUUAGGAAUUUGGGAUUUUGCGAUUUUGUCUUUGGAAAACUAGCAAGUCUUGUCAGUUAGUGCCCUGUUUCCCCAUGUUCCCUGGGAGAAAGGGUGAGGGUGGAGUGGGAAAGCCACUGGUUCUGUGCCACAGCACGCAAGAUUUAGAAUUCUACAGACUCUAGCUCUAUAUGUAGUGAGGACCCAGAUUUAGAGAAACUGACCAAUAUUUAUCUCAGCAUUUGUGUGUGUGUCCAACUCUAGGCCAAUAAACCAACAAGACAAACGAACCAUG